AUGCAUCUAUGGCCAACGAUGAGAAUACGGGACUCGUUCAAGAUUUCUUACUUGAAAAAACUUGAAUGGAAUCUUAAUAGAAUGAACAGUGACAAGAAGCAGAAGUCUCAAAAAACCAGCUGCAACGACAACCAGCAAAGACUCUUGGAUGAUGAGAGAUACUCAUGCUCAUCACUUGUUGCUACUGUUGUUUCUGUUGUGGAGCUUGUGUCGAUCAAGACGAGGAAUGAUGGCGUUUUGGAAGGGGUUAGGCCACUGAAUCUGGUCCUUAAAGAUAAUAAUUCAGAAGGUGGAAUUAAUGGAAUAACUCUCAUUUGCGAAAGAGAGGGAGAAAUUGAGAAGAGAUUUCAAGAGAAGAGUGUUCUUGCAGUGAUUAGGCGGUGA